AUGGACCGAGUAUACACCGCUGGUGUUGACUAUGGUGAGGUUGAGGCAACGGAUGAGGAGGAGGAGGAGGAGGAGGAGGAGGAGGACGGCAGUGGGGGUUCAGGAGUGCGGUCAGUGUUCAUUGUUGACGUGGGGAGCGAGGCAGAUUUGAACGGCGGGAUAUCAGGUGGUGUCGUCCGGAGGUGUCCAGUAAGACCGCUUGGUGCCCGGAACGUCCGCUGAAAUAGUGGGCAUGUUGGGGGCGAUUAAGCGUUGGCAUUGCGAGGCGGGGACAGUCGAAAUUUACGAGCUUCGCGUUUGGCUAUGGCGGUGAUGAUGCGGUUGGCUUCGUGGAUUUCCGCCCCGGUUUUCACUGUCCUCCUCCAUGUUGGUCUUUACCGAGUGAUGUCUUUAUAGUUGACCGAGUCGACUUGCAGGCGCUUCAGAGAGGUUUUCAGGAUAUCUGUGUAGCGGCGGACUUGAUCUCCUUGUCGACAGGGACCAGUGGCUACACCGCCAUAGACGAGUCGUCUGGACGACCGCUCGUCGUCCAUCCGUACGAGGUGGCCGCUCCAGUUCAGUUGCCGUUGUCUUAGCAUUGCAUAAGUGCUGAAGAUUCCCGUCCAUUCCAGUACGUCGGUGUCCGGGAACUGGUCCUGCCACCUCAGCCUCAACAUCCACUGGAGACAGCUGAGGUUGAAAUGAUUGAGACUUCGUCCCUGGGUCUUGUACACCGUCCGGAUCUCCGUUUCGUACAGCAGCGUCGGGAGGAUGACGGCUUUGUACAUCUCUAG